AUGCUCCGGGCACUGCUCGGAGCAGCCUUGCUGGCCUCCGCUGUGGCCCAGGCUGUCAAAGGAUCGCGCUCCCCACUUAUUCAGGCCCUAGAAAAUGCGCCGGCCGAAGAUGAAGCCCGCUCAAUUCUGGGGCCCCAUCUCAAAGACAUGAAAACUUUGGAAAAAGAGGUUGUAGAGCUGGUGGUGAUGCGACAAUGGUGGACUCUUGCUCGGGAGUUGGUCUCCAAGUCCCACGAGCAAAAGGUGGACCUCUCCUUCUCGGUCAGAAAAGCUGUCCGAAGUCUCAAGGACGAGGCGGAUGAGCUGCUGAGAACACUGAAUCCAAAUUACGGGAUGGCGCAGCAGGUGUCCCCGGCCUUUCAGUGGGCUCAAAACGACACUUCAAUCUUUUUGACCAUCAAGUACACAGUGCGAUGGAAUGCGCCGGGUGCCUUGGAGGUGACGGAUCCGUCAGUGAACAUGACAGGCAACGUGUUCAACUUCUCUGGCCUUGGCAAGCAUUCCAACAACAAGUACAAAUAUUUUCUGUCCAUCAACCUUUUUGACAACAUUGAGGCUCAGCUCUCCAAUUGGAAUGCAGCGUCGGUUGGAAAACUGAGCGUGACGCUUCGCAAGCGAUGGGCGAGGAAAUGGCCCAGAUUGCUGAGUGACAAGAAGACGAAAGUGUCCAAUAUGCACAUGUGGAUGGAGAUGCAGGAGAAGCUGGAUUCGAGCUUAUCUGGCUUCAGCAGCGUCUCUAAUUCCCCCAUCACCUGUGCAGCUGGUGGGAAGUUGUACUGUGUAGCUACAGACACCUGCAAAAAGUCAGAGAAUUGUUCACAAUGCCCUGGCAAAACCGAAGCCAACGAGGAGGUGCACCUUUGUGCUGGGAAGCCUUCAGAGAAGGCAUCCUUGACCUUCCAGGAUGCUGACAUGGACGAGCACCAGCUGAGCGGUGAGGUAAAGAUUCACAAGGCCAGAAAUGACUUUGACGUGGACACCUACGCGGUGUUUUGGGGCAAGAGCGACACUGCCAAGCUUGAGAACGCUGAUGGGAAGGAGCUACUGUUGGGAGAGGUCAGUGCGCUUGGCAAUGACCUCGAUCUCAUGAUUCCGCAGAAUAGCCCAGUUCCUGAAGGUGCCACACACCUGCUGGUCUUCUCCCGAAAUGCGUAUGGCGAGUACGCGACUCCUGGUUCAUUGCUUCUUCGGGACGCGGCAUUGCCAAAGGCGAAGCCUGGCGGCCUGACCUUUGAGGAUGAAGACGGCGGCAAAGACUUGGUCCGCGGCCGCAUUACGAUAUCUAGAGCAGCGGAUGAGGAGAAGAUCUCCGAAUAUUCGCUGCACUGGGGCCGAUCUCCUACAAGGAAGACCAGCCAGAACUCCUUCAUUAGCGCGGUGAGAAAAGAGGAGGGCAAAGAUGUCUCUCACUGGCUCUCCUCGCAGAAGCCUCCAGAGGGUGCGACACACCUCUUGGCCUUUUCCAAGAAUGACUUUGGCGAGCAUCCAUCGCCUGCCAGUUUUCAGAUCGUGGACAAGACGAAGGCCUGCAUUUCGCAGAAUGAGGAUAGCUGUCCUCAAGGAGUCCAGGUGACCGCAGAUGAAGAUCCUCAGCCUCGACAAGCUAAGGCCAAAGUGACCUUCACAGCAGCAAAGUCAGAGGAGAAGAUCGACAAAUACAGGAUCUUCUGGGGCAAGCAACCCUGCAGCAAUGAUGUGUCUAGCGGUGCCAAGAACGGCCACAUCCGAGAUGUGCGCAAAGACGACCCACCAGAGGUGGAGCUGGCUGGCCCAGUGCCGGAAGGCAGCAGCCACAUUUUGGUCUUUUCCAACUCGCCCAACCUUGGCGAGUCAGAUUUUUGCGUGUCGACUCCUUUCCAGGACGACCAGUCAGCAAAAUCCGAGAAGGAGCUUUAG